CGUGCUGUGUACUCAUUAGCUGGAGAAAUUUUAAUUCGAUAUCAUAGCUUGAAGUCAUCAAGAUGUGACCAAAUAUUGAAACUAAUGGAAGAGGAAGGAGAAAAAGGACUUGAAGAAGGAUAUCUCCUGAUAAGGGUUCACGUACCCGAAUUAAACGUGCAAAAAUGCCUCCAGUUUCCUCGGGAUCAACUCGUAUGGGACGUGAAACAGCAAUGUCUCGCUGCUUUGCCGAAGGUUGCUACUUGGUACAGGGAGUUGAAGGAGAGCUUCAACUACGGAUUGUUCAGCCCACCGGAAAAUGGAAGAGCCGGGAAAUUCUUGGAUGAAGAACGCCGUCUCGGUGACUAUCCCUUCAACGGUCCCGUGGGUUACCUGGAGUUAAAGUACAAGAGGAGGGUGUACAAAAUGCUCAGUUUAGAUGAAAAGCAAUUGAAGAGUCUUCACACGCGUGCGAAUCUAAGACGAUUUUUGGAUUACGUCAUUAAUGGGCAAGUUGAGAAGAUUACGAAGAUGUGUUCUAAAGGUCUCGACCCAAAUUUUCACUGCCAAGAUUCAGGUGAAACCCCUUUAACAAUCGCGACGGGAAUUAAAAAGCCGGCGAAAAUGUUAAUGGCGUUGGUAAACGGGGGCGCCCUUUUGGAUUAUCGUACCAGAGAUGGUUCCACGGCAAUUCAUCGAUCCGUGGAACAUAAAAGCCUCGAAGCGAUGAAAACGUUACUGGAAUUGGGCGCCUCCCCCAAUUACAAAGACGGAAAAGGAUUAACUCCUUUAUACCUAACAAUAACACAAAAUGUUGAACCGAAAUUCACCGAAACACUACUCCACGACCACGCUUCCAUCGGCGCUCAAGAUUUGCAAGGUUGGCAGGAAGUACACCAGGCGUGCAGGACCGGUUUGAUUCAACAUUUGGAGCAUUUAUUGUUUUACGGGGCCGAUAUGAACGCGAGAAAUGCGUCGGGAAACACGCCUCUACACGUUUGUGCCGUUAACAGUCAAGAAUCCUGCACGAGACAGCUUCUGUUUAGAGGAGCGGAUCGACAGGCCCUUAAUUAUGCCAACCAAACGCCCUAUCAAGUGGCCGUUAUAGCCGGAAACAUGGAAUUGGCGGAUAUUAUUCAAAAUUAUAAACAGGAUGAUGUCGUACCAUUUCGUGAUCCACCGAGUUAUAACCCAAAACGUCGUUCUGCUGUUGGCUGGCUUACGAGAGCCCCAUCGUUGAGCUGUCUUGCCUUGCCCCCAUCUCCUUGCCCAAGCGACAGAUCCUCAGCCCCAUUCAGCUCAGCAAGUUCGAGUAUGAGCGAUGGAAGUGCUCCUUUGGGUCUAGAAACCGACACUGCAAGUAUCGUCACAGUGCUUGCACUGGGUGUUACAGAAAAAUCUUUGGGGGAUACCAGUGAUAUUGUCAGCGAUAGUAGUGGGGUUGGAACGGCGAAUUCUGACACAACAAUCGGGAGUCUCUCUGUACCCGGAAGUACAGUUGUUUGUAUAGAAUCUUAUAACCCGAAGGAGGAAGGACAUUUACCUAUGAGGGAAGGAGAUAUUAUUGAAG